GCCCAAAAAGAACAUUGCAGAAACACUUUCCACUGUUCACAGAGAAAGACAGAGAGAGAGAUGGUGCUUUACAACAACAAUAAUUGGAGAUCGGUUUCCAUUUUAAUACUUCUACUUGGUCUCUCCAUCGUUGCCGCCGCAGACUCCGCCGGCAAAAUUUCACCGGUCGAAGACGGUUUGGUGGUUAACGGCGACUUUGAGACUCCCCCGUCUAACGGCUUCCCUGAUGAUGCAAUCAUCGAGGACUCCUCCGAGAUCCCGAGCUGGCGAUCCGACGGCACGGUGGAGCUAAUCAAGUCCGGUCAAAAACAAGGCGGGAUGAUCUUGAUCGUGCCUGAAGGUCGUCACGCCGUCAGAUUAGGAAACGAUGCAGAAAUCAGCCAAGAACUUACCGUAGAGAAAGGCUCUAUCUACUCUGUCACGUUCAGUGCCGCCCGCACAUGUGCACAGCUCGAGUCGCUGAAUGUGUCAGUGGCUUCCAACGAACCCAUAGCCUCGCAGACCAUUGACUUGCAAACUGUGUACAGCGUUCAAGGGUGGGAUCCAUAUGCAUGGGCGUUUGAAGCAGUAGUUGACCGCGUCCGGUUGGUUUUUAGGAACCCUGGCAUGGAGGAUGAUCCUACUUGUGGACCUAUCAUCGACGACAUUGCCGUUAAGAAGCUCUUUACUCCUGAUAAACCCAAAGGCAAUGCAGUGAUUAAUGGAGAUUUUGAAGAAGGUCCAUGGAUGUUCAGGAACACGACAUUAGGUGUUCUUCUUCCGACAAACCUCGACGAAGAAAUAUCGUCUCUCCCUGGAUGGACCGUGGAAUCAAACCGUGCGGUCCGGUUUAUUGACUCAGACCAUUUCUCGGUCCCUGAGGGGAAGCGAGCUUUGGAGCUUCUAUCGGGCAAAGAAGGCAUAAUUUCUCAAAUGGUUGAGACAAAGGCGAACAUUCCGUACAAGCUGUCUUUCUCAUUGGGACACGCAGGGGACAAGUGUAAGGAACCUUUGGCCGUAAUGGCUUUUGCUGGAGAUCAAGCACAGAACUUUCAUUAUAUGGCGCAGGCGAACUCUAGUUUCGAAAGAUCGGAGUUGAACUUCACGGCGAAAGCUGAACGAACGAGGAUCGCCUUCUACAGCAUUUAUUACAAUACGAGGACGGACGACAUGAGUUCAUUGUGUGGACCUGUGAUUGAUGACGUUAAGGUUUGGUUCUCCGGGUCUAGUAGAAUUGGAUUUGGUUUUCCUGUUUUUAUUCUUCUUUCGUUGGUUUUCAUCUAGAUUGUUCCGAUUCAGAAAAUGUAUUGGUAGACCGGGAAUUUAUACGGGCUAUGUAUCGGUUCGAACUACUAGAAAUGAGAAAGUAUUUAUGCAAUUCAUGGUCAUUUAUAGCAAUCAGGCUUGAAACAAUUAUCGAACCAGGCUAUACACUUUUGUAGAUUUAUUGCAAAUUGAUGUACUCUAGUUCUUGAAACCUAGAUUUGUAGUUUGUUUGACAAAAAAAAUCUGUAAUUUUAA